AACAGGAGUCCCGACCAUGUCCCCUUUGCCCACUCCCAGGACCGAGCUGCUUCUCCUCGGACCCCUGGAGGCCAAAGGGAGUCACUGCCGCUUUCGUUGUUCGUCUCUCGGGCGGAUAGACCUGGCGCCCUGUCCUUGGGGCGGGAGGCUUCCCCACUGUCCUCAGGAUUCAGCCCCGAAACUCCACCCUGGGGGCCGACAGCUACCCACGGUCAUUGCCUCGGAGGGGUAACCCCGUGAACUUCAGGGCCUCUCGCUAGAGCAGGGAGGAAGUACAGCCACCCCACUGGAUAAAUAUAAUCCUCAUUAGUACUCACCGCCACACCUUCCAUCGGAGCUGUCAGGGGCCUGGCUUUGCGGCCAGGAGCAGGGUUGCCAGGUUUAGCACACACACAAAGGAUUCCCAGGUGGGAAGAGGACCCUGAGCAGAGCAUCCUCCACGGAUUUGUCCAACACGUGUGGCACCCAAGUUCACCGAGGAGCUGGGAAUUGGUCCAGGAAAGGAAAACAAGGGCAAGCAUUCGGAGGAUUUGAGCACCUCUUCUGCCUGUGAGCGAUUUGUCACUUCCUUCUGUAAGACUGGCACCAGCAGAAAUGCAGUCUCAGAGGAUCCCGGGGAGAAAGCGAGGCCGACCCCCACUUCACUCAACACCUAUGAAGAUGGCAGUUCAUAACCUUUAUUCUGCUUCAGCUGGUUCUUUACCAGCAGUGAAGAUCCCAAAGAAAAGAGGGCGGAAACCCGGGUACAAGCUCAAGUCUCGGGUUCUCAUGACGCCUUUAGCCCUCUCACCCCCGCGGAGCACGCCGGAGCCCGACCUCAGCUCCAUCCCUCAGGAUGCAGCCACCAUACCCAGCUUGGCAGCACCACAGGCUCUCACAGUCUGCCUCUACAUCAACAAGCAAGCCAACGCAGGGCCGUACCUGGAGAGGAGGAAGGUACAGCAGCUCCCCGAGCACUUUGGGCCCGAGAGGCCGUCGGCUGUCCUGCAGCAGGCCGUGCAAGCGUGCAUCGACUGUGCCCACCAGCAGAAGCUGGUCUUCUCCCUGGUCAAGCAGGGCUACGGUGGUGAGAUGGUGUCAGGAGGUGGAAUUUUCCUGCUAUGUGACCAUCCAGGCACCUCUGGGAAUGUAUACACACUGAUUUAUGGCACAGGCCUGAUGACCCAGACCUUCCCGCUGUGGGUUCAGUUUCCAGCACACCUACUCUUUCAAGUCUCCGCAUCCUUUGACGGGAAGCAGCACCUGCGGAGUCUGCCCGUGGUGAACAGUAUUGGGUACGUCCUCCGCUUCCUUGCCAAGCUGUGCCGAAGCCUCCUGUGUGACGACCUCUUCAGCCACCAGCCGUUCCCCAGGGGCACCAGCGCCUCCGAGGAAGCCCCUGAGAGCCAGGAAGACAGGAUGGAGUCAGCAAAAACAGUCACCACUGAGGAGUGCCUGGUGAACCCUGCGAGCAUGAGCCGCUACAGCGUGGACUCCUCCUCCGCCUUUAGCCACAGGGGCUCCCUGCCCACCUCCUCUUCGUUGUACUGCAAGAGGCAGAACUCUGGAGACGGCCACCUUGGGGGAGGCUCAGCCACCACAGUCGGUGGUCCCCAUACCAGCCCCAUGUCCUCUGGAGGCCCCUCAGCACCUGGGCUGAGGCCCCCUGGCUCCAGCCCCAAGAGAAACGGGACCUCUCUUGAAGGAAACAGAUGUGCCUCAAGCCCUUCUCCGGACAGGCAGGACACCCGGCGGCCAAGGAGCAGGAACCCCUCUACCUGGUCUGUGGAGGAUGUGGUCUGGUUCGUGAAAGACGCAGACCCGCAGGCUCUGGGGCCCCACGUGGAGCUCUUCCGGAAGCAUGAGAUUGAUGGCAAUGCCCUCCUGUUGCUGAAGAGUGACAUGAUCAUGAAAUACUUGGGCCUAAAGCUGGGACCUGCACUGAAACUCUGCUACCAUAUCGAUAAACUGAAGCAAGCCAAGUUCUGAAGGUGUUUAAAAGAUAGAAGCAAAAUCCAGACAACAGAUCUCCAGAUCCUCUUCUGCCUUAAAAACAUUUGCCACCAUCACAAAGAUUCUCUCCUGAACAAGAACAGCCACAAAGACUUGGUCUUUUUAUAAAACUUGUGCAUCUUGACCUUUUAAAAAAUUCAACAUGGCCCUUUUGAAAGGUUUUUCUGUGUUAAUGAUUUGCCAAAAAAUUACAAAGAAGCCUGUUAUUUUUAACAUUUCUGGUAGGUUGGUUGCUCUUAGGGUGGGUACUGUUUUUAUAAUGAGAAUGUGGAGAACUGAAUGCUAUCACCCAAGGAGGACACUGGAGACGUCCAAGGAUGUGAGAAGAACCUUUGUCCCUGCAGGCUCUGCGGGGACGCCCACCGCAGCACUACCUGUCUUUAGCUCUGACUUGGGGACCCUAUCAUUGUGAGCCUUGCUUAAUUCAGCUCUGGAAGCUGUCUUCUGAGGAUAAAUGCCUCACCUUGCACUAUCUGGAAAACUUGAAUUCUUUCACUCUCUGAAAGAGAAGGAAAAAAAAAGUCUUUUCUAUUCCUAGUUAUCUGAAGUACUGUGUUUCCCCACUAGAGGGCAGACUGCUAAUGUAUUUUCCGGACCCUCACUUCAGCAGCCUGAUAUUCAAUACCCAGUGGAUGGAUUAGGGUUUCUGUGAACAAGACCUAGCCUACACAGACACAGGGAAUUUAUUCCACAGUCAGCACCACAGAUUGCAACUUGGGAAGAAACCGUCUUCUAGAAGGUUCUAGUUCAUAUCCAAUCAUUACUGACUGACUGAGGUGCACCAGCAGCAAAGUCAAGAAUUUGGAAGCACGUUCUUCCCAGAUGGGGCUUUGGAGUUCCUUCCCUUCCAGCGUCAUUACUGAGGUGUCGAUGUAUUGGCAUGCCGCAGAGCUUAGUGACAUUUAGCCAUGGUGUUUCUUUAAAAAAGAAGAAAGAUGUCUCUACUAAGCUUUGAAAUGGGAGAGUGUUGAUUUCUAGUUACAUCGUGGGAUUAUAUAGUUGUAUGUGUGGCUAAUUUUAAUAAUAAUAGCAUGUACACAGACAUGCUAUUAUUGGGUUUAAUUCAAUUUACAAAUAGGUUUUCCUUUCUCACCGUGGAGUAAUAGAAAAAAAUUGAUUUCUACCCUUUUGCAGCUGUGUCCAGGGACGGACAAUGAAUCCACAAUUUACUAGGCAGAAGGGCAGCCUUGUCUCCAUUCUUCUUUUGAUCCUUUUCCUUUCUCUCUCUCCCUGUCUCUUUUUUCCUUCCUCUCUCACUGAAUAGGAAACGUAUCUUCAAAAUGAAUUUGCCUUUGCCGUGGGCGUGUCCUCUUCCUUAAAAAACGUCCGUAGUGCUGUAAGGGAGGAGAUGAAUACUAGACUUUGUGAUCUCUGGGAGGGGGAAGAUCAAGGGCCACUCAGGGCUUCCCUUGGCCCAAAUGCAAAUCAGAAAAGGCACACCAUCCUCGGGAUGCAGCCUGGACGGGCGUCUUGGCCGGUGAGUGGAGCAGUGUGGGAUUGCAGCCUUCUCACCCCUCCACCAGGUGACUUUGUGCAGGACAAGACCUGUACAAACUUGAGGGCAGCCCUGGGUAGAUCUGUAUAUUGAUCCUCUAUAAAUCAGUUAGAACUUGGACAAGGAUCAUAAGAAACAUUCCAAGCCAUGCUCUUAGACCCACUUGAUGAGUGGUAUUUGAGAAAGCACAUCAGAGCAAAAUCCUUUUUAGAUACACAAAUGGUGGGGGACUUAAAGCGUGACAGAAAAGGGAUAGAGCAGAGUGUCCUAAAACUGCUCAUGGAACUGAGCUUGAGUUAUCAGGCUGUGGGAGAGCUGAAUGUCUUGGUCCCGGCACCUGACAGAACUACCCUGAAUCAGGCCUUGGGACAGCAUCUUCAAGAUUUUGAAACAAUAAAUGGACUCUGUCCCUCAAAGUUUGUAAAUCGUGAAGUGCUCACUGCUGAUCUGGAGUUAGAUAGUUGCCCUCAAAAAACCAUGGGUAGGGCUUCCCUGGUGGCGCAGUGGUUGAGAGUCCACCUGCCGAUGCAGGGGACGCGGGUUCGUGCCCCGGUCUGGGAGGAUCCCACAUGCCGCAGAGCGGCUGGGCCCGUGAGCCAUGGCCGCUGAGCCUGCGCGUCCAGAGCCUGUGCUCCGCAAUGGGAGAGGCCACAACAGUGAGAGACCUGUGUACCGCAAAAAAAAAAAAAACCAAAACCCAUGGGUAGUGUAUAUAUUCAGAAUGGCCAGUGUGAAAACAGUGAGAUCCAGAAAAUCCCACGACAGCCUAUGUUCCUCACUCCACCAUUUUUGCUCAAUUCUCUGAAACUUGUGGUGCCUCUUGCAUCAACAUAUACCUCAUAUAGAGAUUUUCAAAACUUUCUACCAUUCUUAGUAGUGCCUCCCUCGGUACAAACACAUCAACAUUGGUGCCGCCAAAUCAAAAUCAUCUGCAAACAAUGUCAAGGAGAUACUCGGAGUCGUUUUCAGGGGAGAGAGAUUUUCCCAUCUCAAGUCUAGGAGAAAACUGGGUCCACGUUCAUGUGGAACUGCUCUCACAGAGAUGCUAUCUCAUUUUGCAUUAAACUUUAAGCAGGACAGAUUGCUGAAACCAUGAUAUUUAAGGUUUGACUUUUUAAAAAUCUCAUUACUCUUGAAAUGAAUGCUGUCACGUCAGAGAAUAACCUAAGGAGGAAAUUCUUCCUUUCCUGUUUUUGCACUGAAAUGCAGUUAGCCGACCAAAUUAUUGUUGCAAUACUGCAAUUAAAUUAAUUUUCACCCCUUUCAAAAAUCUUGUCAAACCAGGCAGUUCAAUAGCUUAGCAAAUGUAAAACAUACCAGGCCGUCUCCUCUAAACGGACCUUAGGCAGAGUCAUGCCACGUGUGUCAUUCUCAUCUGAAUGGGAGCUUAUUUGGGGGCCCUUGAACUUGUACAGAUGUGUUACUUGUUAUUCCAUGGCAGUAGAUUUGCUCCAGGUUGUGGUAAACAAUGAUAUAGUUUUGCAUAAUUUCAAAUUAGUGUGUGUGUGUGUGCUCAUGUUGCAAACAUUUCCAAUUACACUUGUCUGUUAAACACUUUUAAAAAAAAAUCUAGAGACAGUUCUAUUGCCUAAGGCAUUUAAAAUAUUUUAUGAGGCACAUUAUUCCCUUUGUGAAGACUUCAGGUAAAAGAAGUGCAUUUCGUCUCUGUGUGUGUGUGUGUGUGUGUUUCCUGACACUGUAGUGGGAAGAGCCUAUGAAAGUGGCUGGGAGUGUAGCAGCUUUUGCAUUUGCUUGGUUUCAAAUGCCUUCCCAGCUUUGUAGCCCUGAGGCAGAACCCUCUCUAAGCUGUUACUGCCAAGUAUCCCCUCUAACACCAACAGGGUGUGCCCUGGAGGCAGCUGGGGGACAGUGCUGGGGUUCUGGGCCUGCCCAGGUCAGGUGCUAACUGGACUCACCAAGCCAGCCCAGGCUCUACUCCAUGUGACUAAGGGGACAGGCCUCGCCUGGGAGCCCAGUGGGCUGGUUUAGUGCCCACCAGAGCUAUACAGCGCUUCCAUCAAUUCCCUUCGGCAGGGCUGCCUCGUAUUUUCCUUUACAGCAGGAGAAAGGAGUGGGGAGCUCCUCAGGAAAACCAAAUAGGAUAUUAAAAUACACUGGGGAGGAAUACUGUGUGAGAAGGAAACAGUAAAGAAGGGAAGAUAAAAAUAACUGUCCUAGGAAGACGAUAAGAGAGCACCUCUUCUAACAGGCCCAACCCUCUGAGCUACAGUAACCUAUUUUUGUAUUUAUGUGCUGCAUGGAAGAUUUCUUAUUUUAUUUAAAUUAAAAGUAUGUUUUUUAUUACUUUC